UGGUGUUACUCACCAUAAUUAUCAACAUCAUCCUCAUAAUGAGACUUCUAUUAUGCCUCCACAACGAACUAUUGGAAUGAAUUCGCAAUUACUUACUGCCAAUAGUUAUGGUCAAGGAACUCAAGCAAAUACUGAUUAUAAUAAUAAUUUCAUUCCUCAAAGAACGAUUUAUAAUGGUGCUGUGCCUUCUACGAUUCAUCAAAAAUCAAUUCCGAGGACGAUAAAUACAAAUAUUCAUCAAAGUCCUCAGAAUUCAUAUUCACGGCCAAAUUCUGCAACUACUUCGCCUAUAACCAGUUCUAUCGCACCACCAUUAUUUACUCAAACUAUUGCUCAAACAUUGAAUACAGACGGUCAUGGCAAUAAUACUAUGCAUUUACCAAUGUUUGAAUCGAAUAAUAACUUAUCGUC